UCUCUGAAGCUGUCUUACAGUUCCACUGAUCGAUCUGUGAACGGGGACUGUACAUUCGUUUCGAUCCGGACGUCUGCAUUUGUGGAGAUCGAUUUCCGGCGUGUCGCGCCAAGCAAUUCAGGAGCGGGCAGGACUAUCUUUUUUAUAAAUGGUUAAUUGCAGUCAUGACUCUACCCGUCUCCCCCGACUUUGCAGACGAGACAGAGAAAUGAGCUCAAGGAAGCGCUCUCGAACGACAACCCCAUCGUGAUUUUGGAGUCCAACAAGAUUGAAUCCUGAAGUCUAAGCACCAAAACGAUUCCCCCUCUAAGACUGUAGGAGAACUUAGGAGAAAAUGGACAUGGCUGCUCUGCAAAAAGCGUUGGAUCAAAUGGCAAUGGAGAGAGACGCUGCGAUCGUAGCCAAGGAGGAUGUGAUGGGCCAACUACGAGUGACAAAGAGGAGACUGAAGGAGGCUGAGGAAGAGCAGUACAAGGCAGAAGAAGAUGCUGCCUCUUUGCGUGCAGAGAUACAAAACUUGCAGCAGUCAGACCGAGGACAUGCUUCAGCGUUCUCUUACAUGCCUGAACAUCAAGAGAUAGCUGCUGUAAAGUCUGAAUUAGAGGAAAUGUGGACAAGGUUGCAACAAGAACAACUAAAACUUGCCACCGAGCGUCAGAGAAAUGCUUCUCUAACCUCUAAAGUGAAAGAGCUUGAAGUUGCAAAACAGAAUAUGGAGACAGCCCUUGUUGCAGCUAGGAAUGAGCAAUCAGAACAAGAUGACGUAGCCUCCGCCAGCAUUACAUUGCCGCUGGAAGGAGCGUCAUCUAUCGAUGACACUGGAGCCUCCUUGGAUGCUUGGAAUGCUUCAUCUUUGAAAGGCGAAAUAGAGAAGUUGAAGACGGAGAAGACGAAGCAUGAAGGACAAUUGCAUGAGCUUGCAUCGAUGGUGGAACGACUGGAAAAAGGGCGCCAAAAGCUACUGGGGGAGAUUGAUACACAAUCACUGGAGAUCGAGAGGUUAUUCGUGGAGAACUCAAAUCUGGAGCUUAGCCUAAGAGAUAGCUCAGAAAUGGCUGCGCAGUGGGAGAUACAGGUCCAACAAUGUUUAGAACACAACGCUCAGUUGAGAUCAGAAAUAAAUAAGCUACGCAUGGAGCAAGCUGCUCUAUCUGAAUCUGCUGAACUGAACCAUGUACAAAGAACACCGGGCAAACCAGGUGCACCUGACACUGGUCACGAUGUUCUUAGAAGAGACUUCGCCAAGUUGAAGCGCGAGUUAGCAGAUGCGCAAGCAGUAAUGGAAGAGCAAACUGCUCAAGUGGCUCAACUCACUUCCAAUCUAAAUCGUGCCCAACUGACUUCUCACAGUCUUGGAAGACUGUAUAAACCAAUUUUGUCCAACAUUGAAAAUCGGCUUAUUCAGAUGAAGCAGGAUUUACCUCUCAAUGAGAAUAGUCUGUUUUUAGCUUAUUAACAUCUACAUCGAUGUCACUCAAAUAUAGAGCAGUACAAAAUGAAGCCAUUUUCUGGGUUCAAUUUAACAAUCUCCUAGGUUGAGAUUUUGGAACAAAAGUUAUCCAAUUUCGUCAUUUACUGUAUUAGAGUGCAGGAGAGCUUAUUGUGAAAGCUAAGCUGUUAAAAUAUAGGUACAUACGUACAGCACCUUUCUCCGAUUGUUGGCCUGAACCAUUUAGCAGAGCAAAGCGUUCUGAAGAAUUUACAGUGCUGAUUGUGGGCACAUCACAGCGUUGGCAAUAAACAUGAUUGACAAAACGCUUGACAUGCAUAUUGACCGCAAAUAACAUUUGUUCGUGCACAAGUGGCUGAAAAUAUAGAUCGGUUGCAAUAUCUAUCUGCCUGGCCACAAAUUUCGACCACCUUUUCUGUCCUUUGGACUUCUGAUUAUUCAAUAUUGUAGUAUAGCUCAUGGGAGCGCAGAGGGGUGUACACUU